AUGAUCCUAGAACUAGCCUCGGACAACCCAUUGCACACUCUUAUUCGUCUUCCCAACUCCGAUAGUGUUAUAUAUCGCAUAACAUCCGUUCAGAAUCUCAACCACCUUGGUGAAUUGCAAGGCUGGACUACUACGCUUUCCGUCACCGGCCCGGCAAGUUCCUCCGCGUCAAAAAGCAAGGCUCGUCGAGAUGUUGCGACGAUUGUCUGGGAUCAUGACGGGGAGACCGUUACGAUGACAGACUCGGGGAACACGAUAGCCAGUCAUUUGGUUUUUGACUUUCAAGAGCGCAGCCAGCGCCCACUAGAAAUUGAAGUAAGGGAUGGUUUGGUCUGGAAGGGUGAUAUUAGUGGGUUGCAUUUGGUGCAGCAGGGCUCGUCUAAGGAAACCCCUGUUGCGACUCUAAGGCCUUGCCGAAGAUUCAUCCAUGGAAGACUUGUGCGCAAAGUCAUGCAGAGAUUCGAUGAGCUGGACAUCUCUGAUGCCGUUAUUGAUGAGAUUGGUUUAAAUACUAUCAUGGCAACAUUUACUGUAAUUACUACCGCUAGACAGAGGCGGUUCGGGAUCGUUCCCCGAAAGGUCACCGUCCCCAACUCUUCUGAUUCUGAGUCUGCUGGGUCCUCCGUGCAGUACGAAGACAGCGACAACGAACCAUUAAAAUCAGACAAUAGCGAAAUUCUGGAGCCUAAUGAUUCUGACUACGAUUCUGAGUACCAGUCCGAGGAUCCUGAUGCGCCCUCGCCCCGCUAUACAUCCCCUGGUACUUCACACGUGCCAUCCCAUACUCCAUAUACAUUUGCGUCUUCCUCCAGGGCUCCUGUUGAAGAUGACAACGUUACACCUCGCGCCAAUCAAACCGGGUUCGACGAUGUACUUAUUGUCAACCCCGAGUCACGACGCCCGUCCGCUCAGUCCGGUGUCAACACGGGAUUCGAAAAUGACUUCAACCCCAAUUCUGAUCCCGUAACCGGCCCGACAACCGUUACCUCGGCUCGCACUCAUUCAAGUGGCAAACGCCAUGGGAAGGAGAAGCACAAGGAGAAGCAAAAGGGUGACGUGCUUGGAGCACUGCCCUUAACGUCCGCCUUGGCUAGCCUCGGAUUGGGUAUACGGAACAGUCGUAGGCGCAGUGCCGCUGAAGGGAGCGAUGAAUCGGACGAACGUCUCAAAAAAUGGGGUCGUAGUCGUGGGCUCUCCUUCUAA